AUGACCAACGCUGCCCGCCUUCCCCUCCUCUCACUCUUCUCCCUCUUCCCCCUCUUCCCCGUCGUCCUCCUCUUCCCCUUCUUCCCCCUCUUCCCCCUCUUCCCCCUCUUCCCUUUUUUCCCCCUCUUCCACCUCUUCCCCCUCUUCCACCUCUUCCCGCUCUUCCUCAUCUUCCUGUCUUUACCGUUCAACCUCCGUCAGUAUGUCUCACCAUCUGAAGCCCCACCCUCCUCCACCUCGCAGCUGCUCUCACUCCUCCCUCAGCUCCUUGUCCCAAACCUCACCUUGCUCCUGUUCCACGUCUCGCCAACAUGCCUGCACUGCCAUGCUCCCCUCCCCAGCUGCUAG